AUGGCUGCUUCGGGUCCCGCCACGCUGGUGGGAGCCCGGAACGACCGCUCUCCUCGCCCGCCCCGCCCCCCGCAAAACCAGAAGAAGCAGAUGGUGGCUGGUAAGGUCCAAUCCACCUUUGCCUUCCGCUUAUUUUCUUUCCCCGCCCCCUCAGCGGAAGUCGAGCGCCAAACUCAAACUGAGCUGCGCCCAGACGCUGCCCGCAUCAGUGCUGCGGUGCUGGCCUGUUGGGCGUUGUACACAGCGGCGGGGCAGCGGUCCAGCAUGAGCCAAGUUCUGUUCCAGCAGCUCGUCCCGCUGCAGGUCAAGUGCAGAGACAGCGAGGAGAGGAGAGUGAGUGUUAGAGUGAGCAUCGAGCUGCAGUCCGUGUCUAACCCAGUGCACAGAAAGGAUUUAGUUGUUCGUCUGACUGAUGAUACUGAUCCGUUUUUCCUGUAUAACCUUGUUAUAUCUGAGGAGGAUUUUCAAAGUUUAAAAUUCCAGCAGGGUCUUCUGGUAGACUUCCUAGCUUUCCCGCAGAAAUUUAUAGACCUCCUUCAGCAGUGUACGCAGGAACAGGCCAGAGAGACCCCGAGGUUUUUGCUGCAGUUAGUGUCUCCAGCUGCUGUUUUGGAAAACUCUCCUGCCCUGUUAAAUGUGGUAGAGACAAACCCUUUUAAGCAUCUUACACACCUCUCACUAAAACUUUUACCUGGAAAUGAUCUGGAAAUAAAGAAGUUUUUAGCAGGCUGUUUGAAAUGUAGCAAGGAAGAAAAAUUAUCACUGACUCAAUCACUGGAGGAUGUUACUAGGCAACUGAAUUUCACACAAAAGACAUUGUCAGAAAAAACCCAAGAAUUAGAUAAGUUGCGGAAUGAGUGGGCAGCCCACACGGCAGCGAUGUCAAACAAGCACUCUCAGGAGCUGACCAGUGAGAAGGAAAAGGCCUUGCAGGCACAGGUUCUGCACCAGCAGCAGCACGAGCAGCAGAAGAAAGAGCUUGAAGCCCUGCACCAGCGCAGCGUCCAGCAGCUGCAGAGCAGGCUGUCAGAGCUGGAGGCGGCUAACAAGGACCUCACCGAGAGGCGGUACAAGGGGGACUCCGCCGUCCGAGAGCUGAAAGCAAAGCUCUCUGGAGUUGAAGAGGAGCUCCAGCGGGCUAAGCAGGAGGUCCUGUCGCUGCGAAGGGAGAACUCGACCCUGGACGCCGAGUGCCAUGAGAAGGAAAAGCACAUCAAUCAGCUUCAAACAAAAGUGGCUGUUUUGGAACAGGAAAUCAAGGAUAAGGACCAGCUGGUUUUAAGAACAAAAGAAGCAUUUGAUACAAUCCAGGAACAAAAGGUGGUUUUAGAAGAAAAUGGUGAGAAAAAUCAGGUACAACUAGGAAAACUUGAAGCUACCAUAAAAUCAUUAUCAGCGGAACUUCUUAAGGCAAAUGAAAUUAUCAAGAAGUUACAAGAGGAUCUGAAAACUUUAAUGGGAAAAUUGAAACUGAAGAAUACAGUUACCAUUCAGCAGGAGAAACUCUUGGCUGAAAAGGAAGAAAAAUUACAAAAGGAACAAAAGGAAUUACAAGAUGUUGGACAGGCUCUCCGAAAUAAAGAGCAAGAGGUAUGCAAAUUACAAGAACAAUUAGAAGCUACAGUUCAAAAACUUGAAGAAAGCAAACAGCUUCUAAAAAAUAAUGAAAAGUUAAUAACAUGGUUAAAUAAGGAGCUAAACGAAAAUCAGCUGGUGAGAAGGCAGGACGUGCCGAGGCCCGCGGCCAGCCCACUUGUGCGCUCCGGUGGCGGCUCGGUCAGAAGUGGACUCUCUCCCAACCCCAACGUGGUCGAGGGCAGAAUGGCGUACCCGGCCUUCGGGCUCAGCUAUCCCGGCCCCCCUGCGUUUGCUCUUCAGAACACCUUCUCCCACCCUGUCGCUGCCAAAAGCACCAUCCACCCGGUUUCGGGACCAAAGGUCCAGUUUAACCUGCACGUCCCCAGACCAAGCGGGUCCCCAGGGCACGUGCAGUCAGGAGCGAUGGCGAGCGCACCCUGCUUGGCCAACAAGGAGAAUGGUGAAAAUUUAGGGCUCGAAUCCAAAUACCUGAAGAAGAGGGAAGAUAGUAUUCCUUUGCGUGGGCUCAGCCAGAACCUCUUCAGUAACCCAGAUAAAUAAAUAACUCUAAAAAAAAAGAACUUAGGAAGAAUGCCGAGAGUGAAGUGAGCAGCCCUCGAAAUCCCGUCUGGGGACUGACGGUGCAGGAAGGCCGGGAGGCCGCCCCCAGAGGAGAGCGCAGCGGGACCCCGGCCGGGAGGGGCAGCCGCCUCCUUGUGUUCUGCAGCCUGAGACCCGCCGUCACUGCUGUCUUUACCUGGGGUGUCUAAUCAAAGCCACCGCCGCCGACCGAACACCCGCGCGGCCCCGACCUCUCACGUGUCAGGCCUCCCGUCUUCGCCGUGUUUCUCGGUAUGAAACCCUCCUCUGCAGCGGACGGAGGGCUCCUCGCGGGCAGACCUCUGCCCCCAGGGCAGCGCCCCCGCUCGGCCUGCACCACACGACGUAACAGAGGCCCACCGGACACUCACGUCAAGAACCCAGGCUACCACAGUCCCAAACCCAAACUCGGUGUGUGUCUGAAGAUGGGCUAUCUGUUCUGUGAGUUAAUUCAGAAAACGCCCUCGCAACUUCAAGUUCGAGACCUAAACUGUGCACCUGGGGAGGGAAGGCUGGUAAGAGGCACUCAGCGCAAAGAGCAUCCUGUCCCCAUCCCGCCCCCCUUCCAGCGAGAGCCGAGCUGUGACUGUAGCAGGCGCUGCCUGUCGUCCGCUCCAACCACGCGAGACAGAGUAGACGGGCUGCAGGCCGACAGGCGUUCGGAGCCAGGUCGGAGCCAGGUCGAGGUGCUGCCCUGGAGUCCACCCCCCCCACACCCAACAUGCGGGUUGAAAAUAACCCUGCCGACAUGCCCUAGAGCUGGUGUGGCUCAGUGGACUGAGUGCCGGCCUGAGAACCAAAGGGUCGCCAGUUCGAUUCCCAGUCAGGGCACAUGCCUGGGUCGCAGGCCAGGUCCCCAGUUGGGGGUGCACAAGAGGCAACCACACACUGAUGUUUUUCUCCCUCUCUUCCCCUCUCAAAACCUAAAAAACAAAACAACAACAAAAAAGACUGCCAACAAGGUCAACAACUAAAAUCUAUAAGCAGAAAGCCUAAAACAUUAGUCCUUCAUUGGUAACAUAUAGAAUGCAAAACUACAUGUGUCUGGCUUCAGCAAGAUGGGCAGAAGGCCUAGGUGUUUUGAAAAACUCCCCAGGUAUCCCCAACAUUCACCUCCGGUGAAAAUUCUAACUCGGACAAAGCUCAGGUCCAGCUGCCUGUCAGUCGGAAGGCCCGCCCUGAGGCCCAGAGGCGCCACCCAGCCCCCCUGUGCCCCAGGGGUGGCGGAACCGGACUCUGCGUUCUCACUGUGGCAUUGUCCAGGCUGACCGCAGAGUGCCCGGGUCUCUGUUAAGGAAGCGAGACGUGUCACAGAGGGAGACGGAGGCACACACACCGAGUUGUCCUCGAGCUCCCUCACACCACUUUCCUUAGUGACAGUCCACACGCCAGCUGUCCCCACACACAAGCGCCAGGGAACCGCAGAGGAGCCCCGCACCCAGGUCCCGCCACGGCUCUGCCACUCCCUGCUUUGCCGAGGUCUCUGCCCCCGCCGCAGAAUCUCCCUAUCACCAAGGAAGAUGUAGACCUGAGAAACAGUGAUAACCUAAAAACACGUAAAAGAACUAGAAGAAUAAAACCCUGGGCUCAACGUUCAUUGAUUAAACUUUUUCUGAGAAGAUGCUUGAGUUAAAAAAUGCGAUCAAGUAAAAAUGGAAAAAGGUGAAGAAUUACGACCUUGUAACUGUGUUAACAUUAGAGACAGCCCUCCCAGGUAAUAACUCAUCACUGUGCCAUUUACAGAGUCAAGUGUAAAGGCAAAUGAGAAUGAAGAGUAACUGUUACAACUGGGGGCAGGGAUCUUGCUAAACAUCAAAUAAUAGGCAAUGAGGUCCCAGCAACGAGUCAAAGAAAUGUACUCGCACUGGGAAGAAAAAUUUUUAUUAACUCCCCCCAAAUUAGUGCGUUUUAUUUUCCUGAUCAGAUUUCAUUCAGUGUUUAAAAUUUUUUAAUCCUUACCUGAGAGUAUGUUUAUUGACUUUAGAGAGGGAGGGAGAGAGAAAGAGAGAAAUAUUGAUGUUGGAAAGACGCAUCAACCGGCUGCCCUAUGCCCUAACCGGGAAUUGAACCUGCAACCUUUUGAUGCUACAACCAACCAGGGCAGCUGGCCAGAGCUCAAGUCAGUAUUUUGAAAAGUUAAAAAAAAAAAGUUAAGAAAAUCAAUGGUAAUAUCCAUUUUUUAAUUAACAAAAAUAAUUUAGAAUACACUCCCGCUGCUGCAAAAAAAAUGAAUAAACAAACCUUUAUGUGUAAAUAACUGAAUUCCUUCUUUGUUCUUAAAGAAGACAAUUUCCCUUUGUCCCGUUAGGGGGAAAAAAAACCGUAUUACUAAAGUUAGACAAACCCUUGACAUACCUAAAAAAAUAGAAACCGAAAGCACAUUUAAAAAAUGGCUAACCAGCCCUGGCUGGUGGAUUGAGCGCGGGCCUGCAAACCAGAUGGUUGAGGUUCGAUUCCCAGUCAGGACACAUGCCUGGGCUGCAGGCCAGUUCCCAGCAGGGGACACACGAGAGGCAACCACACACUGAUCUUACUCUCCCUCUCUCCUUCCCUUCCCCUCUAAAGAUAAAUGAAUAAAAUCUUUAAAAAAAUGGCUGUCCACACUUCAAGUCCUGACGGCCACUCGUGUGGACACCACAGCAGCCUUCCUGACGGCUCGCUGACGGAGUGGUUAAGGUUUUAAUCUCGGCAGGGCUGGGGGCCGGGCUGCCCCAACCCAGGGCCCCUGGGCCCCAGGGCCCCAGCCGGAGCAGCCUGGCUCUCUGCGCCAGGCGGUGGGCCGCUUCCUUCCCGUCUGGGGGCCAGCAAGUUGCCUCCCUCUCCCACCCUUCCUGUGCUCCAGACGUGGAGAGUCUGACACCCCGCCCCUCCAAGGUGCUUCUGAGGCCUGGAAGUGACCGCAUGUUCAAGGGCGCAGGGCUGCGCGGGCCCGCGACCACAUAAAUGUCCAAGGGCUGUGCACCGCAACGAAGCUCAAGUACUUCUGACCACAGGGCAAUGCCCCACCGCUGGACUGGGACGCUUGACCUCGGCUUGGAGCCCGGGACAUCAGCUCAUCACCAUACAAUGACGCUGAAAAUGUCAUAAUGAGCCCCCAUCAUGUGAUGAAGUUCCAAACCAGUGAGGGCAGGACAUGGGUAAAUUCAUGUGUA